ACUUUUCUCUUUCUUGGCUUACAUGCUUCUGAAAUAAUUCCCUGCAUGCAGCCUGAGAGUAAUGUGCCUGCAAGGCAGAGCCGAGGGCAAACAGUGACCGAGUGAGGGCUGUCGAAUGAAAAGGAUUUGCAUUCUGAGCACCGUGCUAACAAAAAGCUCCAGCGUUAACAUCAGUCGCAGCUGUUUUUCGUGAGAUACCGGCUGAAUAGGAUCCUCGUGCUGCCUUCACUGUCAUCUGUCCUUUUGAGCUCCGCCGGUUGGUCUCCAUGCAAAGGGCUAUGGCUCCUCUUUAGCAGGAAUCAAGGGGUGGAAGAACAGAAAGACACCCAGUUUUUGUUUUUGUUUUUUUUCCCCAGAAUAUGUGAUCGGGCUGAUGUCUAGAGGGUCAAGAAUGACUUUCUAAUGGCAGCUGGACCUCCUUCAUGAACAUCCUCCUUGUCAGAUCCUCAGGGGCAGACUGUCCAAAUUGUCAUUUUGGUGACAAACGGUUAUUCCUGCACAGUUUAAUGAGCCACUUCAGAUUUUAUAGCCCUUCCUCUGUAUUUUUUUCCUGAGUGUUGAUCACUUCCACUUUUUAAUUGCUCAUCCCCCGUGUUCUCUACUGGAGCCCCCUUGGUUGUUCACUGUCCUGCUAGCAUGACUACAGAGUGGGGUGAGAAGUCCACGGCAGACCUCAUGAGGAGGUAUGUUUCCAAGGAAAUGGGAUAUGGCGUACCCGAGGAAGGAUGGCGUAUCUGCCUGGCACACGAGUUCACGGAAAAGAGAAAGCCCUUUCAAGCAAAGGAUGUCUCGCUGUCCAACAUCUUAAACCACCUUGGCCUUGGAGUAAGGUACCUGAAAUGGUGGUACAAGAAGACCCAAGUGGAAAAGAAGACUCCAUUCAUCGAUAUGUUUCGAGCCGAACCCUUGCGUCAAAUAUAUGGUGCACCACUCGGGGGCAUUGGGGGAGGCACCAUCACCAGAGGCUGGCGGGGGGAGUUCUGCAGAUGGCAGCUGAACCCGGGGAUGUAUCACUACAAAACUGUCAUCGCUAACCAGUUCACAGUGUGUUUGCAGCGUGCAGGACAAACGCUUUACCAGCAGGUGCUGUCUGUCGAGCAUCCUCCCACCUUACAAGGUUGGAACUGGGGCUACUGCGGAGAGUACGCCUUCUACCAUGCCCUGUACCCGCGCGCCUGGACCGUCUACUACCUGCCGGGACAGAAUGUUACCCUAACCUGCAGGCAGGUUUCUCCAGUCAUCCCACAUGACUACAAGGACUCCAGCCUCCCAGUGUCAGUAUUUGUGUGGGACGUCGAGAACAAGAAUGACUACGCACUGGACGUCACCAUCAUGUUCACGAUGGUCAAUGGCUCCGGACAGAAGGAUGACAAAGGUGGCGGACACUGGAAUGAACCGUUCCACCGGGAGGAAGAGGGAGAGGCCGUUACGGGGGUCUUACUGCAUCACUGCACCCCGGUCAACCCUUACACUUUGUGUAUAGCGGCUCGAGAGCAGCCGGACAGGGAGCUCAGUCACCAGACAGCAUUCAGUCCAAAGGGAACGUGCAGCAGUCUGUGGAAUGACCUCAUCACUGACGGACGGCUCGAUUCUCCUACAGGUUCCAGCCCGCCCACGCCUAAGGGAGAGAAGGUGGCAGCGGCACUGGCUGCGAGCUGCUCAGUGGCAGCUCAAAGCCGGAACAGUCUGGAGUUCUGCCUGGCCUGGGACAUGCCCAAAAUCACCUUUGGUUCAAGGGAGAGGGAACACAUCAGGCGAUACACUCGUUACUUUGGGAGUAAAGGGGACGUGUCUCCCUCACUCAGUCACUACGCACUUACACACUACAGACAGUGGGAGAGCAGCAUCGAUGAGUGGCAGAGACCUAUACUGCAGGACAGUUCUAUCCCCUCCUGGUACAAGUCAGCACUGUUUAAUGAAUUGUACUUUGUGGCGGACGGAGGUACGGUAUGGACGGAGCUGCCAGAGGACGCCGACGUCAGCAACGGUAUCCGCAGUGAGGAUGGGGGGCUGCCGGCUCAGCCUGCUGUCAUGAAGGAGUACGGCCGCUUUGCCUACUUAGAAGGUCAGGAGUACAGAAUGUACAACACGUAUGACGUGCACUUCUACGCCUCCUUUGCACUUAUCAUGUUAUGGCCCAAACUGGCCUUGAGUCUACAAUACGACAUUGCUGGCAGCGUAGUUCAACAGGAUCCAACACAGAGGCUCCACCUGAAGACUGGUCACUACUCACCUGUCAAGACCAGAAAUGUGGUGCCUCAUGAUAUAGGAGACCCCGAUGAUGAGCCCUGGCUGAGGGUGAACGCCUACCUCAUACAUGACACUGCGGACUGGAAGGACCUGAACCUGAAGUUUGUCCUGCAGGUCUACAGAGACUUUCAUAUUACUCAGGACUCCCAGUACCUGCAGGACAUGUGGCCCAUCUGCCAGGCCGUAAUGGAGUCCGAGCUGAAGUUCGAUCUGGAUGGAGACGGUCUCAUAGAAAACUCGGGCUAUCCAGAUCAGACAUAUGAUGGUUGGGAAGUGAUUGGACCAAGUGCAUAUUGUGGGGGUCUGUGGUUGGCGUCUCUGUCUGUGAUGUGUAAAAUAGCCAAACUGAUGGAUAACAGUGAGAUUUACAGGAGAUACAGGGAGAUUCUGGACAGAGGCAGUGCCGCUUACGACACGCUGCUGUGGAACGGCAAGUACUACAAUUAUGACAGCAGCGGUCGAAACCUUUCUAACAGCGUCAUGUCGGACCAGUGCGCCGGCCACUGGUUCCUGAAGGCGUCUGAGCUGGUUGAAACAGAGUAUCAGGUUUUUCCAAAGGAGAAGAUCCACAGUGCACUGAAAUCAGUUUUCGACUUGAAUGUAAUGAGCUUCGCUGGAGGUCAGAUGGGAGCAGUCAAUGGCAUGCGUCCUGAAGGAGUGCCCGACCACUCCAGCGUCCAGUCGGACGAGGUCUGGAUUGGCGUAGUAUAUGGACUUGCAGCCACAAUGAUCCACGAGGGUAUGCGAGAGGAAGGUCUGCGCACGGCAGAAGGCUGUUACCGGACUGUGUGGGAGAGGCUGGGCAUGGCCUUCCAGACUCCAGAGGCCUACUGCGAGAAGGGUAUCUUCCGCUCCCUGGCCUACAUGAGGCCUCUCAGUAUCUGGGCCAUGCAGUUAGCGCUGAAGCCUUCACAGAAGACUCAAGCCAGACCUGCAGACCCGGCGCAAGGACAGGGAGAGACCAAUCAGAGCUAGGCAUGAAGACGUUUCACCGGUGCCGCGAGAAAACACUGACAUCUCAGCAUUUCUUGACUUCCUUUCCACUUCCAUUCCGUGCAGAUCCACGGGGCAGAUUACAUUCUCUGGAAGUUAUUGUUGCUUGUUGUGAAGAAUUACAACAGUAAGAAUGGUUUAUACUUGAUAACUGAAAUGCUGACUGUCAAUCAUAAUGAAGUUAAGAAUUUAAAGCCUGUUUACAUUUGUUCCUGAAAUUGAAAGUCAUGCAAUACAGUGUAGGUUAAAAAAAAAAGGCAAACUUACAGCCGGUAUGUAUCACUAAUCAAAACUGACCUGAUGUUCCUGUAACACAUGCAAACACUCAAACUUCAUUUUCACAUUUAGUCUGUGUAUGUGGUCAGAAGUGUCCUGAACCUCUGACACAGGGUCUGCAUGUAAAGCCAGAGAGAUCUGGAAUAUUUCUAGACCAGGAGCACAGAAAACCCGAAGAGAAGCAUGUCCCUCUGAAGAUGUGAUACUCAGUGUGUGAAAAUACCAACUCUAUGUAUAUGGUUCCGCUUUUAUUUAACGUGAUAUUUGGUGCCUUGAUGCACGUUGGCUAAAUCUAUAACAUAUUGAUGCAGUGGGAACAUUUAUCAUGUUGUCAUGACAUGCUGAAUAAAUCACUGAACAUG